GACUUGUUUCGUCACGCACUUCCCGUUGGCCUUGCAAAAUUGUAAACAAACGCGUGAUCGCAGGUCCCCGAAGAGCCGAGCUGAUCGACAAACCGAGGCGGAUCAAUGAGUUGCGAUCUUCCAGAAGGAACUUUACUAAAAGUAAUCGCCGUGUUACAGCAAUUAUAGCUGGAUUAAAGCCACGGCGCGAGUGGGAGAUUUUAACAUUAGCCGUCCGCUAAGGAAACGAGUGAUAAGCCAGUUAGCUGGCGGUCGCUUACUUUCUUUCGGAUGUAAUUGAACAUUUCUGAAGUAAUAAUGUAGCUUCAAUGGUACUGCAAUGUUCGGGAAGUAGCUGAAGUCUGGGGAGGAUCGAUCCACGGUUGUAUUUCGGUAUUGGUCGCCCCUCUUCAGGGCUCGCCUAAUUCAGGAUGGUGUGUUUGGGGUCGCCGCUGGCCGUAUCAGUCCUCCUCAUCAUCUUCUGCACUCUGGUGCCUUCUCCUGGUCAGGCAUAUAUAUAUGCUCAUUACAGUAACAUGACCUCCAUGCUGUUUGAGGAUCUGCCUGCUCUCUUUGGCUCUGCUCUACCCAAGGAUGGACUCAUGGGUGUUCUUAUCGAAGCUCGUCCUCAGAACGCCUGCACACCUAUAGAUCCUCCUCCAGCUUCUCCAACACCCGCUGAUCCCAACAGCACUACAAAAUACAUCGUCCUCAUUCGACGCUAUGACUGUAACUUCGAUGUCAAGGUGUAUCAUGCACAGCAGGCUGGUUACAGUGCGGCUAUAGUGCACAACAUGUACUCCAAUUCACUGCUCAAUAUGGGGUACAGCAACGAGACCAUCGCAGAGGAGAUAUCCAUUCCUUCUGUGUUUACAAGCUUCUUUGCCUCUCAGAUGCUACACAAAAUCAUACCUGAGAAAGGGGCGUAUGUGGUUCUGAAGCCAGAGUUUUCCUUCCCUCUGUCCUACUAUCUCAUCCCCUUCACUGGAGUCGUCUGCAUGAUCAUCAUUGUCAUGGUCAUCAUAAUGAUUGUGCGAUGUGUGCAGCACCGAAAGAGACUUCGUAAAAACAGACUCUCGAAAGAACAGCUGAAGAAAAUCCCCAUUCACAAGUUUAAUAAAGGGGAUUCGUAUGAUGUGUGUGCGAUUUGCCUUGAUGAGUAUGAAGAGGGAGAUAAGCUGAGAGUGCUGCCGUGUUCACAUGCCUACCACUCUAGGUGUGUGGACCCCUGGCUCACCCAGACCAAGAAAACCUGCCCGGUGUGCAAGCAACGCGUGACCCGUCCCAACCCAGAAUACUCAGAGUCUUCAGAUUCAGACGAAGAGGCAGGACCUCACGACGCUGAAGAGGAAGACGAGCGCACGCCUCUCCUCCGGCCGUCCAAUCCCGGCUCUCCUGCCUCCUCCAGCCCACCUCCUUCUUAUUCAUCCACAGUUGCAUCAGAGCCAGCCACCGUCACCACCGCGGCGCAGUGCCUGCCACACACGCCACAGCACGAUGCGCCCCUGCUGGCCAACGAUGAGUAUUACUCGCCCAUAGAGGACUCGGAUGAUGAAGGUAGUGAGGAUGAGGAGGAGGGUCACGCCUCAGAAAGCGACACCACAGAGCUGAUUGGAGGCGCCGCCGUACGAGUUUGAGCGAAUAGCACACUGAAAAAAAGGAUUCGUUGGAUUUAUUAGUUUUUUUUUUAAGGUAAGUGGUUGCAGGCAAUUUAUUUGGGCUGAGUUUGAACAUUACUAAAUUAAAUUUGAUUGUUUAAAUUCAGCCCAUAUAAAUUGUUUGCAACAGUUUAGCAGAACUCAUUUUUUUCAGUGCACUUUGGUUUGUUUUUGAGGUUUUACAGCCCUGAUUUAGGACACAUUCCAGGCUUUCUGAUACACAUACAUCCCUCCUGCUUCUAGCUAGUGCGAUUAACACUACAACAUAUUAUGACGAUUUUUAAUCACACAAGAUUGGUGCACUGAAGGAAUUAUUUAUUAGAUUUACUCAGUUAUUUUCUUUAGGUAAGUCCUUGCAAACGAUUUAUAUGGGUUGAACUUAAAUUAAAUUAAGUAUCGUUUAACUUGAUUUGUUUGAUUAAAUUCAGCCCGUAUAAAUCAUUUACAUUAAAAUAAUUGAGUAAAAUCCAUUGAAUCAUUUCUUUCAGUGUGUGGUUUAUAUUAUUAAUUCCCCCCUAGAACAGGGGUGUCAAACUCAGCUCUUGGAGGGCUGCAGCCCUGCACAGUUUAGUUCCAAAACACUUACCUGGAGGUAUAAAACAAGCCUAAAGGACUCAAUUUGUUUGCUCAGGUGUGUUUAAUUGGAGUUGGAGCUGCAGCCCUCCGGAAACUGAGUUUGACACCUGUGCCCUAGAGCGUGAAUGCUAUGUGAAGUUCAUUAAAGGAAUAAUUCACCCAA